AUGAGGGGGGAAGCUAGUGACUCAGAGGUGGAACGCCAAGUUCUUGUUGGGCAGAACUACAUUGUAACGUGCGAGAAGGCUGCUUUAGAGGAUCAAGUGGCUACCUUGGGGAACCGAUCUGAGCAACUUGAGGACCAGGUGAGUUCUCUUGUCUGGGAGAAAGACGUAUUGGUGAGUAAAUUGGCCAGGUGCAAACGUCAACUGGCCUGUGCUCGUGUGGAUGGAGCAGUCGCUCGAGGUAAUUUGCUGUGGAUGCUAGAGAAGGGGGUGGUCUGCAUAAUUGACAAGGUCAUUGAGAGCGCAAAAUUCGCCAAUGGGAUAUGGGAUGUUUGUGAGGCAUGUGAAGCCCUUGGGUUUGAAAAGGGAAAACGAAUGGGUGGUCGCUCUGCAAGUGCCGGGGAACCUAAAGUCCCAGAUCCUGGCUGUGUUGCAAGAAGGGCUGAAAAGGUGGAUGUCGCCUUAUCGUCCCUGGCUGAGACAUAUUUUGUGGGCCUCUUUUGCUUAGGGGAGUUGGAUUAUGAUGGAUUCCGCUAG